CGCCGCGGGGCGAGGAUGAGGCUGAAGCUACUCGGUGCGGGUGGCGGGCGGCUGGGCUCGCUCGUGGGGCUGGGCCGCAGCGGGACCGGCGCGCUGGCGCUGCCCGGCUGCCUGCUGUACACGCAGACCGGCGCGGCGCCGCACCUCACCCACGACACGCUGCGAGAGGUGCGCGGCGUGCCCGGCGUGGCGCACAUCGCCCUGCCCGCCCUGGCAGAAAUUCAUGAUGUCCUGGAAGAGUAUAAAGAAGGAGCUGCAAAAUUUAUGGGUUUGCCAGAUGCUGUGCUCUACUGCUCCCUUCAUGACCCAGUCACUCCCUGCCCCUCUGGCUACAACACUAACAAGAUGGUCUCCCUAUGGGGGAGCUCAGGGCGCAUGGAGAUGACAGCUUCCAAGUUCAUGGACAUCCAGCGGGCCAUCCAGCCAGACUGGUUCCAGUGCAUCUCUGAUGGAGACACCAUUUCUGGGGAAACUGGCAGAAAAAGAGCCAAGAAGUCUGUGGAUAGGUCACUUUCCUUCUUGGAUAUAUGCCUUCAGCUGCAAGAAAAAUCACCAGAACUACAAGGAAGUGUAAUGUUUGGAGCAAUUGAAGGUGGAGAUAUCUUGGAAGAGAGGCUCAGAUCAGCCAGGGAGACUGCCAAGCGGCCUGUGGGUGGCUUUCUGCUGGAUGGCUUCCAGGGAAGUGCCAUGGCCAAGGAGACCAAAUUGAAACUGAUAGCUUCUGUCACAGCAGAGCUGCCAGAGGAUAAACCAAGAAUUAUUCAUGGUGUAGGCAAACCAGAUGAGGUGCUUGAGUGCAUUGAAAGAGGAGUCGAUAUUUUUGAGAGCUUCUUUCCCUUCCAAGUGACCGAGCGAGGCUGUGCCUUGGUUUUCAGUUACAACUGCCAUCCAGAUCCUGAAGCAACUGUUCUAACACAAAAUGGGACCCAGGACCUGGAGAAUGGUGCUCAAGACGACCAGGAGGAAGUCUCCAAAGCUGACCCAGAAAUUACACCAUUUGAGAUAUCUCUGAAGGAUAAAAAAUACCACGAUGAUUUUGGUCCUUUGCUGGAAGGAUGCAGCUGUUACUGCUGUCAGAGGCACACUCGUGCCUAUGUCCAUCACCUCCUGGUGACCAACGAGCUGCUGGCCGGUGUCCUGCUCAUGAUGCACAACUUCCAGCACUACUUUGGUUUCUUCAGUGCCAUUCGGGAUGCCUUAAGGGACAGUAAACUGGAUCAACUCAAGGAGCUUGUCUUCAGGCAGGUGCUGCAAGGCCCGGCAAGUGCGACGCUGAGACAAUGAGCUCAGAGAGGACAAUCUCCUCAGAGAGGAGAUUGCAGCUGCAUCCUCAUCCAGUGGGACUGUAUCACCUGGACCUGUCAGUAGUAAAAUGUGUUUUUUCCUUCUUGGAGAGAUCUGAAGGAGACAUUUGAAGAUCUCACUUCCUGGUGGGGAAAGAGGAUCUUGUUCAAAUGUCUCUUUUGGUUAAUUGGUUUGGUCCAUUCUUGGUGAAUGGCAGAGCCUGGACAGGUCACCAGUAAGAACAGUAUGGAUAGGUUUUUCAGAUACUCACUGUUGGUUUCCCAUGUGCAAGAACAGAGUACAGUAAAUUCACUAAUACAAGCUGCACUGAGUAUAAGCCACAUCUCUGGGUGUUGGCAAAUAUUUCGU